AUGGCGGGGCCCCGACGCCCGCAGCCCGGCGGCUACCGGCGCCACGCCGCGGCCGUGAACCUGCUCCUGGGCGUCUUCCAGGUCCUGCUGCCCUGCUGCCGCCCGGGAGGGGCCCAGGGACAAGCGAUCGAGCCCUUGCCGAACGUGGUGGAGCUGUGGCAGGCAGAAGAAGGGGAACUCCUGCUGCCCACUCAGGGCGACUCUGAAGAGGAUGUGGACGAGCAUUCUCCAGAGCAGAGCUUCUCAGACAAACUAUUCAGUGGAAAGGGCUUGCAUUUUCAGCCAUCAGUGCUAGAUUUUGGGAUUCAGUUCCUGGGUCAUCCAGCAGCAAAGAUUCUCUAUGCUUAUAACCCUAGUCGGGAGAGUGAAGUCGUAGUGAAUUCAGUGUUUACAGCUGCUAGACAUUUUCAUGUGCCUCCUGUUCAUUGCAGGGUAAUUCCAGCAAUGGGGAAGACUUCCUUCAGAAUUAUUUUCUUACCUACUGAAGAAGGAAGCAUUGAAAGUUCUUUAUUUAUUAAUACCUCUUCUGAUGGAGUCCUUUCCUAUCAUGUGUCUGGAGUCGGGACUCGCAGAAUUUCCACGGAAGGGUCUGCAGAGCAGCUUCCGAACGCCUAUUUUCCACUCCCCCAGGUCCAGAGCAUCCAGCUCUCACAGACACAGGUGGAAACCACUAAUACUAGCCUCUUGCAGGUGCAACUGGAAUGCAGUUUACAUAAUAAAGUGUGUCAGCAAUUAAAGAGUUGUUAUCUGGAAUCUGAUGAUGUUUUGCGAUUACAAAUGAGCAUAAUUGUAACAAUGGAAAACUCCUCAAAAGAGUUUGAAGAAAACACACAAGAUUUGUUAGAUCAUCUCUCUAUUGUUUACGUAGCUACAGAGAAAUCUGAGACCUCAGAUGAUUCCACGGUAAAUAUGUACAUAUUACAUUCAGGAAACAGCCUUAUAUGGAUCCAGGAUGUACGUCACUCCUCACAGAGGGAUGCUGUGUCUCUGCAGUUUGAACCAGUUCUCCUCCCUACUUCUACAACAAACUUUACAAAAAUUGCCUCUUUUACUUGCAAAGCUACAUCCUGUGACAGCGGAAUUAAAGAUGUGAAGAAAACCAAAAGCACUCCCCCGCGUAAAGCCUGCCUCUCCUCGCCUGUGGUCCAAGGGUAUUUUAGAAUGGACCCCUCCGCAGCCCAGUUUCUCCUCGAGACUCACGAGAACACCUCCGGGGUUUGGUCCAUAUGGUACCGCAACCAUUUUGACCGCCGCCUUGUAGUGAAUCAUGUGUUUGUUUCCAAGGAAGCCAGGCACAUCGUGAAGAUUCUGAAUUUCACUGGCCCUUUAUUUCUACCUCCAGGCUGUUGGAAUAUAUUUUCUUUGAAACUUGCUGUUAAAGACAUUGCCAUAAAUCUGUUUACCCAUGUAUUUUUGACUACAAACAUAGGUGCUGUUUUUGCAAUACCUCUACAGAUUUACUCUGCACCGACUAAGGAAGGGAGUCUGGGUUUUGAAGUGAUAGCACAUUGUGGCAUGCAUUAUUUCAUGGGAAAAUCAAAAGCAGAAAAUCCUAAUUGGGAAAGGAGCCUUUCUCUGAAUUGGUCUACCUGGGAUGUGGAUUCUGAACUUGCAAAUAAAUUGUAUGAGAGGUGGAAGAAAUUUAAAAAUGGUGAUGUCUGCAAGAGGACUGUUCUAGGAAUGACUCGCUUUACUCACUUGAAGAAAUCCAAGGAGUCAGAAGUCUUUGUCUCCUUUCUGCCUCGUUUGCUCUCGAAGCCUGGCCUUGUGCUAAACUUCAGCGCCACUGCCCUCAGGAACAGCGUGGUGAAGUACUUCGUAGUGAAGAACCCCUCCUCCUUGCUGGUCUCCCUGCAGCUUCUGCCUCUCUCCUUGUACCCAAAACCAGAAGCUGCAGUGCGCUUGCUCCACAAAUGGUUUGGCACUGAUAUGCAGAUGAUUAAUUUCACAACGGGUGAAUUCCAGCUCACCAAGGCUUGCCCUUACCGGGGUGUGCAUACCGAGGAACCAAGGUCCAGCAUCCUCCACUUACACCUGCAGCCUUUGGAAGUGAGGAGGGUCGGGGUCGUUUUCACGCCUGCUGACUAUGGAAAAGUUAGCUCCCUCAUACUAAUCCGAAAUAACUUGACGGUUAUCGACAUGAUCGGAGUGGAAGGGUUUGGAGCAAGAGAGUUGCUGAAAGUGGGCGGGAGGCUUCCUGGCACGGGAGGGUCACUCCGCUUCAAGGUGCCCGAGUCGACACUGAUGGACUGCCGGCGACAACUGAAAGACAGCAAGCAAAUUUUAUCAAUUACAAAGAACUUCAAGGUUGAGAAUAUUGGACCGCUUCCGCUCACUGUGACAUCCCUGAGAAUUAAUGGGUAUAAUUGCCAAGGUUAUGGAUUCGAAGUGCUAGAUUGUCAUCAGUUUUCCCUCGACCCAAACACUUCCCGGGAUAUCAGCAUUGUGUUUACUCCGGACUUUACCUCCUCCUGGGUCAUCCGGGAGCUGACUCUGGUAACCGCGGCGGACCUGGAGUUUCGCUUCACUCUCAACGUGACCCUCCCGCAUCACCUGUUGCCUCUGUGUGCAGAUGUGGUUCCCGGUCCCAGCUGGGAGGAGUCGUUUUGGAAGCUCACGGUCUUCUUUGUCAGUUUGUCCCUGUUGGGUGUGAUUUUAAUAGCCUUCCAACAAGCACAGUACAUCCUAAUGGAAUUCAUGAAGACAAGGCAGAGGCAAAAUGCCAGCUCCUCUUCACAGCAAAGCAGUAGUACGAUGGAUGUAAUGAGCGCCCAUCCUCACAAAAGCAAUUGCAAGAGCUUUCUUGACACCUACAGCCCCUCUGAUAAAGUCAGAGGGAAAAGCUGCCUUCCGGUCAAUACCCCGCAGAGCAGGAUCCAGAACGCCGCCAGGAGGAGCCCGGCGACCUAUGGGCACUCCCAGAAGAAGCACAAGUGCUCGGUCUACUACAGUAAGCACAGGAGCAGCACGUCCGCCACCAGCGGAGCCAGCGCCACGGCCGAGGAGAAACAGGCCUUGGCGCUGGGCAGCUCCCUGGCGGCUGCUAAAGAGGACACGUGUGCCGAGGUGACUGGGGAGAGCUGGGUGAACUUCAGAUAUACCAGUGGCAUCAACAUCAACCUGCAGAAGAACCUCACCCUUCCCAAGAACUUACUGAAUAAAGAAGAAAACACACUGAAAACCGCCAUUGCUGCCAACAAUCCUUCUUCAGAAUGUCACAUGAAGGAGGGAAUACAGACAUGUAUGUUUCCUAAGGAAACGGACCUUAAACAUUCAGAAAACAUAGCAGAGCUCCAGGGAGAGCUCUGUCCUCUGAAGACCUCUAAGAAACUACCUGAAAACCAUUCACCCAGAAAUUCACCUCAAUGCCAGUCAGACUUGCCAGAAAUUUCCAGGAAAAAUAAUGGAAAUAACCAGCAAGUGCCAAUCAAGAAUGAAACAGACAAUUGUGAAAGUUUGCGAAGGAGUGACACAAAGUCUUCUUCAGAAAAGAAGAUUCACAAAGCAUCUAAAGAAGAUAUAUGUUCUGAGAAGCAGGACAUGCCUUCAGUAGAGCAAGAAGAUCCUUAUAGGAAGAAGAAACUUCAAGAGAAAAAAGAAGGACAUUUACAGAAUUUAAAUUGGAAUAAAAAUCGAACAUGUAGGAAAAACAAGAAAAGAGGCGUUGCUCCAGCCUUAAGGCUUUCUGAACAGAGUGAAUUGAAGCUUGUAUGUAGUGAAUUUGAAAGGUCUGAGCCGAGCAGUGACAUGGCUGUAAGGAGCUGGUGUAUCCAGGAAAACGCUGGGGAAGCAUGUAAAGCAGAUGCUGGCCUGGGAAGCAGCUCACCUGCGGCCCAGGGCGAGGCAGAGCGUUUCUACCAGAAGCCGGGGAAGCCGUGUGCGGAGAAGGCCUGCUCGGACUCCAGCUCGGACUGCGGCAGCUCCUCGGGCAGCGUGCGCGCCAGCAGGGGCAGCUGGGGCAGCUGGAGCAGUGCCAGCAGCCUCGAUGGGGACAAGAAGCCUGUGGCUGGGCCCCAGCGCUGCCUGCCAGCCGGAGACAGCAUCUCACAGAGCAACUUUCCUGUGGAAACCCCCAUUCCCUUAAGCCUCCCUCACGACAUCUGCAUCCCCACAGACAGGAAUAAUCUCCCACAAUAUGUGGAACCGCCCUGUCCCAGCCUUCCUGCCCCUGCAGGGCCUGAAGAAGAAAAAGGCCUGUACCCGCCGGGAGAGCUGUGGCCCACCCAGCCCAUGUGUGUGACAAGCAGCUUCAAUGGCACCCUGGACACCAGUAUGCCCAGCGUGGUGCAGGGCCCUGCCCCAGUCCACAGCAGCAGUUUCGUUGAUUGGAAUACAACUUGCGAAGGCCAGUUCCCCAAUGUGUACUGCCCACUGGACAUGAACGAGUACAACACCUUUCCAGAAGAAAACAUGAAUUACCCCCAUGGCUUCCCCUGUCCAGCUGAAGUUCAGACAGACUUCGCGGAGCACGCCUGGAGCACCCCUACCAGCCUGCCGACCGCCUGGGGACACGCCGGUCUCAUCAGCUCUCCGCCCUACCUCACGAGCACCCGGAGCUUGUCUCCAAUGUCUGGACUUUUUGGUUCCAUCUGGGCGCCCCAAAGUGACGUCUAUGAGAACUGCUGCCCUGUCAGCCCCAGCGCCGAACACUCAACGCACAUGGAGAGCCAGGCGGUGAUGUGCAAGGAGUACUACCCGGGCUUCAACCCGUUUCGUGCCUACAUGGACCUGGACAUAUGGACUAGCCCGGCCAGCAGGGGCGCCGGCUUCCCGCUGUCCAGAGACUCCAGCUACUGUGGGAACGUGUGAAAAGAGUUCAAUUUUUAAACAAUGUGAAUAAAGAGGCUUGUGAUUUGAUGACUAGCGUAAACUGAUUGUUGAGAUAGAUGACAUUGGGGGAUAUUUUGGCACUUUUAUAUGGAAAUAAAUCUUUUUUACAAAAGCUAGGUGCGAUAUUUUUUUGCUCCAACCCUCCACAACAGUGCUGGAAAUGAAGCUUCCCUAUGCUGAGACUUCAUCAGGCAAGACGUGUGUCAGACACACCAAAUGCUUUUUUUUUUUUUUAAAAAGAUUUAUUUAUUUAUGCAUACAAGAGCUGGGGUACAGGGCAGAGGUGUUGGGGGUGAGAGGAUUCACCAGAUCAUAGUGGGGAGCAGAACAGGCAGACUGACUGAAAUAUACACUGCUGAGGGGAGCAGCGGGCGAGACAGAAGAGGUCUGCUGUGCCAGACCUCUGGCACAGGGAUCGAACUUGUGCUGCAGAGGCUGCGGACAGCUUCACGGGUUGUGUCUUAACCCCCUGCGCCACCAGGGAAGCCCCAUGCCACAUGCUUUAAAUCAAAGCAAAGGAGACCACUAAGAAGGUAAGGAAGGAAAGAAGCAGCAGCGGUGGUUCUCGCCUCCCUGAGCGAAGCCCCAGACCUUGCAGAAAGUGAAGUCUGUCAGGUGAUGGCGUAGAGGUUCUGGCUCGGGUCGCCAGGGUGUUUGCUGAUGUGCUGAGUGUUCACUGGGACAGCAGCUGAGCCUGGUCACCUGGCUAGGUGGAUCCUGCUCGAGGUCGAGACUUCUAGCCCCGGUGGGCACGGCUGCCGGGAGUGGAGGCAGCGCCUCCUGCCUGUCCACUUGUAGUAAGGCCUGUUGCUCUGUCAAGCCAGUCACUAGACCUUCUGGUACGUGUUUGAUUUCCUGCUGGGUGAGCAGCUUACUCCAAACACAGCUGCUCAGUGGGGGCAGGAGAGGUGUGUGUUUGCCAGCUGGGUUUGUAUCUGCUUUGCCACUGGAUUUAGAAACCCCUGUGCUGGUGGGAUGAUGUGUUUGCAUGUGUAAACUUGGAAACAUUUUUUUCACUUCUAAUAAAAACGUUUGCU